AUGGACGUGCGCUGGUACCAAGCUUGCCGUAUCCCGCCAGAGUGGGCGCGGUGGCAGCUCCAGCGUGACACAGAAACCGUGGACUUGGCACCGAUGCUUUACCGGCUACACCGUGCAAUUGGCGGUAGCUGGACAGAGAAGCUGCAUUCCAGCGCUGAGCUGCAAGAGCUGGCCACUGCGUGGGCCGCAGCGGACAACCCUCGCUUGUGCCCUCUCUGCCGGAACGGUGCAGGCACGCCCCGGCAUGUCGUCAUGGCGUGCAGUGCCAUGGCUCCAAUGGCGGAUGAGCUGCGGGAUGCCUUAGAGCAAUAUUUUGCUUCUCUCUGCAGCACAGACUGGUGGCUUGAUCAAGCAAGGACAACAUGGGGCCUUCACGCGCCUGCUGCCAACGCACAGGCAAGAGACCGCUGGCCUGUUCUUUCUGCCUGGGGCUGGGCUGUGUGCUUGGAAGGUCGGGAAAGACUUCUGGGCCGCGAUGAUGGCGGGCACAGCGCUGCGGGCACCCUUGAUGAACGGCCCCACGAGUUGGCUUACCGUGCUCUUGUACCAAAGUCCCUCGGGCAUGCGCUCUGCCGGGCUUGCGCGCCGUCCUUGGCAGAGCCUGAUCUUGCAGAGCGACCUGUGGAUGACGGCCACACUUCCUUGCGACAGGCUGGGGAAGUGCUGUCACGGGAGCAGGACAGGCGCAGGGCCGCUCGCAGACAGUGGGAGCCUGUCAUUGCGUGCACCACGCUGCUAGCGCUUGGGCUGCGUGCGAUCCGGGCGCAAUACCACGCUCGCAUCGACUCCUGGAUUCAAGCAAAGCGCUGGCAACUGCUCCCACAAGCGCAGCAGCAGCAGCGGCCGGAAGGGCCCGUGCUUGGGCCGGAGCUCGGCCGAUGGGCCUUGACCAUGAAUGGGCAAGCUACCAUACGCGAACUGCGGUGGCAAGUAGCUCCCCGGACUGUGCUCCUAGCCCGCUUGCGACAAGAGGUGCCUGGCAGAUUGCCGGCUGAUCCGUUGCGCCUACUGCAGCCCCACGGCCUUCCAGUGCUGAACGGCGAGGCUUUGGAGUGGGGCGUAGGUUGGAGGACCUGGGACGGAGUUCGGAUGCAAUUGACAUUGCCCCCGUGCUCCUGCCACUUGGGCCACCCACGGCUUGGAUUCUGCGAAACCUGCGGCGGCUGCAAGUUGCCCCCUAUAGCCUUGGCGGAUGCUUUGCCGUGCCGCUGGUGCCGGUCUUUGCACGGAGACUUGUGCAGGGGCUGCUGCAUGACCUUGCACCAUCGCGGAGGGUGCGCCUGGAACCGGGGCUGCAGCCUGCUAUACCGGCCGCGGCCGCAAGAGCCCGGCGCCUUUUGCCCGGACUGUUGGUGGCAGCUGGUGCAGGCAGCCUCCCAACAGAUACCAAGGCCGCAGCCAACAUUGGAGGGGCCGUUGGCUGCCCAUCUGGCUGAAGUGGCUGGCCAGCUGCGGCCUGGGGCCGGCGCGCCACUGCAGGCGCCGCCGCGAGGGCCGAGUCGCGGUGCCCGCCGCUGCUUACUCCGGCGGCUGCGGGGCCAAGCGUGGGCAGAUUGCACCGCCUUGGUCCAGGAAGUUGCAGCAGAAGCUGGCUAG